AUGGCAAUGUACAUUGUAUGGCAAAACUGGGAAGAUGUUGGUUUUGAAAGAUUGAUCAACAACCCAUCGCUGCAAGAUGCAGUGUCAGAAAUGCAACCAAAUAGGUCAGGUCUCGUUUUAAUAUUAAAUAAGCAUGCUCUCAAUAUGACAUUCAAUUGGCUCUGCAACACAAAAAGUAUACCAGGUGUACACGAAAACGCAUAUAUUGUCACUCUGGAUCAAGAAGCUUCUUCUGCAUUGAAGAAGUCGUGGCCAGAACUGAAACAGAUAAACAUAGUUGUCCCAGGUUUGAAGGAUUCAUUUAACUAUGGAGACGGAUACUAUCAAUUAUUUUAUCUAUUCCGAGCAAAUCUAGCGAGAGCUAUUCUUCACUAUGACAGAUCUUUUUGGAUGAUUCAACAAGACACUUAUUGGAAUGAUAAUCUAUUGAAUAUCAAUACAGAAAAAGAGGAAAACGUGGAUAUUCUUUUUGAUAGAGCUUCGGAUAAGGGACCGCUUGUUGCAGGCGGAUAUUACCAUGCAAAACCAACUUAUAAUUCCAAAAGCUAUUUUGCAAAGUUAGCAAAAGACAUUUCCUGGUGGUAUGCUCCUGAUAACGCCUACAUGACAUCUUUAUGUGAAGUUUCCGGGUUGGCGAAGUGUGGCAGAUUAUCCUUCGAUUUGAUAACCAACUGGCAAUGGCUGCAGGGAACUUCAUCUGGGAUCCCACCGAAAUUCAUACAAUUUGACGGAGAAACAAAGUUAGGUGGAAAACUUGCCAAGAUGCGAAAGAUUGGUUUCUACUUCUUGACAGAUGGCGACGAUCAAUCUACAUGCAACAUCACGUCAGUUGAAAACACCAAGAGCAUUCUAGAAUCAAAGAUCUCUCAAUGGGACAAAGUCGCAUCUUCAAGUCACAAACAAUUCAAAAUGUACCAGGACAUUGUCGACACAUUCUACUCAACCCGGAUAGGUGCUGCAGUUAUGAAUCACUUCAUUCUACCUUACGCUCAUUAUUGUAUGCUUUCUAUGUAA